AUGCGGAACAUAGAAAAACAGCUAGAUAAAGCCUCUAAACUCGGGUUUGGACGUAAACGAAGGACUUCAAAGGCAGAUAGGCAGGCCCGAGUUGCUGCUGCCCAUGCUGCUCGAAGAAAACAACGACUUCCUCCUUCCCCUUCCAAAGCCGACAAUGACGAAGAAAGGAAACAACCUUCUCAUCCUCUUUCUAAAGCAGAUAGCGACGAAGAUAAAAGCAAACAGAAGGGCAAUUUCGAGAAACUGGUAGCAGAAACAGCCGAACUGGAGAGAACUGUUGACAAUCUUCGGGAAAAGUCUAGGUAUUGGAAGGCAAAAACUAUGGAAUUGAGGGAGAAAAAGAAGAGGCUGGAAGAGGAUAUGAAAAGGAACGAGGAGGAGGUGCAGAAGAGGAAGAGGGAAGCAGAGGAAGAGGAGAGAGAAAUGAGCAAAAAAAUAGAGGAUCUGGAAAUGGAAUUGGAAAGGGAGAAGAAACUACACAAGAUAGAAAUAGCGGAACACGAAGCGACGUGUGUGGAACUGGAGGAAACGUAUAACAAUCUUCGGCUUCAAUUUGACCCGAUUUUCGAGAGGUUAAGGCCCUUUCUUUGA